AUGAAGUUCCCGUUUAAAUAUACAAGAUCCCAAUUAGAAAUUUUUAGAUUUGCAUUUUGUUUAUUAUCGCCAGUUGCAGUCAUGUAUUAUGUUGGUAUAGAUACUGACAAGAAAUUAAAUGUUCCAGGUUUUUGGCCUGAUCCAGAAACUCUAAACAAAAUACCUAAAGAAAGGUACGAAAUUCAAGCUGAGCUGGCUAGGAUGAAAAAGGAAAGAUUAGAAAGAAGAUUAAGAUUAGAGAAAAGGUUGGAAGAAGAAUUUGGUAUUAACAUUGAUGAAGAAAAAGCUAAAAUUUUACAAGAAAAAAAUCAAUCCAAAUAA